UUGUGAGAGUUCCUGAGCUCAAAUGGACUUUUGUCGUUGACAUUGAUGAACGGCUGAAAGGACAGUAGUUCACCAGCCAGUUACCACCAAGGCUGGUGUGGGCUGUCAGGACACUGUGCCGCAGAGAUAAAAGCCAGGAAGUCACCCAGCCUGGAAAUCUGAAAAGUCCCUCUUGUAAGAGAAAAUUACAUUAAGUGUCUGGGGACUAGACUGAGGAACACUUCGGUACGGCGUAUUUUCAGAAUGCCAUCUAGAAAACAGAUAGGGACAUGCAUGCCAUCUCAUCUUGAUACAGCGACUUGGUGAAAGGCAGAGAUUCUGAGACCGUACAUCUCCUGGGCCAUCACCACUACUGUUUUCUGAAUUCUGCUAUGGCAUCAGCAUUGCAGGUCAAAGGUCCCACAGUUUCUGAGAGGACAGUUGUGGUUUCUGGACUUCCAGUUGGCCUUUCAAAGGAACAGUUAGUGAAUCGCUACUUCCAAGAUGAGGGUAGACAUGUGGAAGAGGUGAUAUAUCCAUCAAAAUCCAAAGGAGUUGCAUAUAUCAUCUUCAAGGAAACAAAAGUUGCACAGGAUGUCAUCAGACAAAAGAAACAUCCUCUAGGUUCAGAGUCUCCGCUUCCAGUCUCUCACUUCAGUGGACAGGUCUUCAACUAUGUGAUGGCCAUUCUUGAUUUGUCUGUUUUUCGGACUCAAAUUGUGCUAGAAAGUCUAGUAGUGGACCUGAAAAAGAAAAUCCCAACUUUAAACUUUAGCCCAUUGGCACCCAGUGGGAAAAUCUCUGUGCAAGGUUCAUAUCUGGCCUUCAUGAAGCUCAAACAGGUUUUGCUAUCAAAAGCCAUUUCCCCUUUAGAAAACAACAGGAAUUAUGCUGGUGAAAGGAGAAAUCGGAACGGACAGAACCCUAGAAGGGUCCUGCAGGAAAGCAAGAACUCUGUGCCAAUACGCGGUACCUCUGUACCUGAGCCUGCCGGCAGCCCGCCAAUACUGAGGACCUCUGUACUUGAGCCUGCUGGCAACCCAGAAACACUUGUACUUGAUACAGAUAUUUUCCUUUACCUGAAACACAAGUGUGAGUUUUAUGAGCUAACGCUGAGCAAAUAUCAUGUCCUGUGUCAGGAGACGGUGGAUGGUGACAUCACUACCAUUUGUCUACAAGAUGACCUGGAUGGGUCUUGUCCUGGCAGCGUCAGACAUGUGAAAGAGUUCAUUGAAGAGUGUGCCCAGGAGUUUCACCUUAAGCUCAGAAAAGAGCUUCUGGUUUUGGAAGGAAGGGGAGAUAGAGAGAAAAGAAACAUCAGGCAAGCUUUUGAACAACUGUGUUGCAGAUAUCCUAGAGUUUUGAUGAAUGUUCACAGCACACAUAUUGAUCUUAUAGGACCUCCUUCCGACACAUACCUAUUUAAGACACAGCUCAUGAAAUCUUCAGGGCAACAGGUCACUUGAAGUCUUAGCCACAGUUAUCAUCAUGGUCACACCCCUCCCCUCCCCCACCCAGGGUGUAGGAGAAGGUUUAGGAACAUGAAAUUACUUGUCCAAUGUUAUCCAGCAGACAACGAACAGGACUGGCAUUGAAUAAAAAGUAAUAUCUAAAUCAAACCUUGAAAAAAGAACUGACUAAAGGUUGAGGAACUCUCACUUUCCCUGCAAAUCCAAAAUUGUUAGGAAAAGAAGUCUCCCCCUGCAUAGGUUUGCAUGACUAUUAUGCCGUUAAGCUCUGGGGGUUUGUAUUCACCUUACAUAGAGUUAGAAUGUUGCCAGGCUCACUUGAGAAGCUGUGGUUCUGUUAGAGUUGUGGGAAUCUUGGGAGAAGUCUGUGUGAUGGCUUUUGUGUGUUGUUUCUUACUUUACGGUAGUGUGGUGUCCAGAUGAACAUUGGAAGUUGAAAACAUUGUGAUUCAGAAAUGCUUUGAAUCCAAGUAAUUUGCAGAACACCCUAGACUUGCCAGCCUGCCCACGGUGAAGACAUGACUGCUUACCCUGGUUGCUGCUCUGACUGACAGCUCAUUGCUCAUUGCUGCUGCUCGGCACUGUCAGAGCCUCGUACAGUGGAUCAGCACUAGCCUGGAAAAGAUUCACUGUCUGAAGUACGAUUUCUACUGACUCUUUAUUGCUUUUGCACCAUAAUAAAGUACAACUUACACAAAAA